AUGUUUAAGAGCGCUAUAGAACAAGUUCGCAAAGCUAACGAUGUCAUUCGUUCCAUUGACGACAAACCAAAAGAAGGUGAGAGAUGGUUAAAGAAAGAUGAAGAGAAUAGGAAGAGAAAUGUGAAGUCAGGCAAUAGACUCAUUGACUUUAACAUCGAAGCUUUAGAUGAACCAAACAGAGACUACUUACACAAACAUUUCGGUAAGGUUUUCAUGAGACUCUUAGAGAAAAUUAAAAUAAACUCACAACAGAGAUGGAUGGUAUGGUAUAAACUUGGUGGAAAGUAUGAAUGUUCUACGUUAAACCUCAAUAAUAUUGGAACAUUACUACAUCAGCUCUUGAAGGAGAACUUUAUAUCAGAGAUAGAAGCAAAUGCUGCAGGUAUUGUUGAAAUGCACUAUGACUUCUUCUUGACAAACAUAAAGAAUCUUACUGAAAUAAAGAUGUAUGAUUUAACAGAAUAUGAAGGCUUAACGAUGUCAGAUGUAAAGAAAGGCAAACCAAAAAAGAGACCAUAUAAAGAUGAAAGCACACUGACAAAUGACCAGAAAGCCAUUUUGGAAGCUCUUAAGCAAACAGGAAACCCAGCACUUAUAGAAAGCUUUUGGAAAGAUAAUGGUGAAAAGAAGUUUUAUAAGAAGAGAAGCGGUCAGUUCUGGAAGUAUCUUUGCACAUUACCUAUAAAUCUUGAACGCUACCAAAUCUUCAAUGAACUGAACAAAAGAACUGCAACACUUAUGACAGAAGAUAACUGCUUCGUUUAUGCUUGCAUUCAGGCUGGAGUAGAUGGAGAGACUAUUGACCACAUUAGAGAAGUCAUUCGUGUUAGAGACUUUCCUCAAAGUAAAGUACAAGAAAUUUCUGAUGCAACAGGUAUAGCAUUUAAUGUUACCAUUGGUUACUUCAAUGACUCAAGACAUAAUGAAAUAAAGAGAUACAUACCAAAAGAAUGUGAAACUGUUCGAAGUAUUGACUUACUUCUUGUUGAAGACCAUUACAUGUUAAAUGAAAGAUUACCUAUAACAACAUAUUUCAUUCGAAACUAUAAAGAAAUUCUCAAAGCUUGUGGUGGAAUGAACAUUGAGAAACAGAUGAAGAUUUAUACAAAGAGAGAAGAUAAAUAUGUAGUUCGUUAUGAUAGAACAACACCGUUAUGGGAUGUUAUGAAAACAUUGUGGGA